CUUCAGAUCAUUGAUAACAAGCUAAUGCCCAAGGGAAUACCAAAUACGAACAGAUAUGAGAACUGCCCGGCUAAGUUGAAAACAGCUUUCUACAAAUACCUCCAAUCGAAGAAAAACACCCUUGCAAGAAAAGUGAAGAAUAUCGAAGCUGAGUGCAUUCACAUGUCAUGGCAAGAUGAAGAGAACACAACAGAUUGUGGUGUGUAUUGCAUGCGCCACAUGGAAACUUACAAAGGGACUGCAGUAGACAAAUGGGAAACUGGUUUCGUAGGGGGUGAUAGUGAUGCUGCUUUCAUUACAUCGCUUAGAGCAAAAUAUGCAGCAAACAUCAUCAUGUGGAAGCAAAACGAAUACAUGGAAACAGUCAUGCAAUCAGCAAGGGACAACUACAAGAAAGAGAAGUGA